UUCAGUGUUGUGUGCGAGGCGAGAAGGAGUGAGAGCGCAGCCGCUCACAGGCGCUCACGAUGCGGCUACAACUCUAGACGCGCACCGCUCCCGUUCACUGUGACGGGAAACAUGUGGAACACUAAACACAGAAGCUGCCGCUACAGCAGAGGAGGAUUAUGGGGCUUGUUUAUUCUCCUCCUUUAUACCAAUCGACUUUCUUGCUCUUCAAAUUUCAGUCACCGUAUCUAUAAGAUCAAAGAAGGAUUACCCGAAGGCACACUCAUAGGGGCUAUUGGUGCCGAUUUAAACCUGGAUCUCUCUGUAGACCCUCCUCGAUCAUUCAAUCUGGAGCAAAAGACGACCGGCCAGCAGUUUGUGAAUCUGAAUAACACCACAGGAAAGCUGUACACAUCUGCCGUCGAGAUCGACAGAGAGUCUCUGUGUGCCGAGUCCCACGAUGGCCAGGGCUGCUCAAUCUUUCUGGAUGUGUUAAUUCUCCCUCAGCAGUACUUUCAGCUGGUUAAGAUUCAAAUCGUCAUCGAGGACGUCAAUGACAACACGCCACAUUUCCCUGUAAAUGAAAUCAGAUUGACCGUGCCAGAGAAUGCACCGGUUAACGCCAGAUUUGCCGUGGAGCAGUCGGCAGUGGAUCCUGACGUGGGCAUUCAUGGCGUCCAGACGUACUGGCUGGUUAAUGACUUUGGGGUUUUUACUUUAGACGUGGAGGAGAACGAAGGAGGCGAACUGACGCCCUUCCUUAUCAUCACCGAAGCUCUAGAUAGGGAGAGGAAAGCCGAGUACGUGACUGAGAUCAUAGCCGAGGACGGGGGCUCCCCGCCGCUUCUAGGCACCGCCGCUCUAAGGAUUAUCGUCACCGACGUCAAUGACAACUGCCCCAAGUUCACAGAGUCACAAGUGAACGUUACUCUUUAUGGGAACGCCACUAAGGGCAUGCAACUGGCUCGUCUCCAAGCUUAUGAUCCAGAUGAGGGGGGCAACGCUCAGAUCACGUAUGCGUUCAGUGAUCGGGUCAGCCUAGAAAGCAGAAGCUUGUUUCAUUUGGAUAAAACUACUGGGGUCCUUAAACUAGCGGGUAAAAUAGACAACAACACAGGAAAGCUCUACAAGCUAAACGUAUUAGCUAACGGUCCGACGUGCAUUCCGGAAGUUGCGACAGUUACGGUUCGCGUAAUCAAAGAGCUCUCCGGACCACCGGUUGUUGUACCGCGGUAUAUCGCCUCUGAGAAGGACGGCGUUGUUAGCCUAAGUGAAUCGGAGCCUGCAUUUUCACCCAUUGCAUUUUUCACCAUCAAGAACACAGACCCGCGGCAGAGCGUAGAGUGUCUUUUGGAGAGGACAGGUCCGUUUAGACUCGUACCCUAUGAGCGUUUAAAAAACGAGUACCUGCUUGAGACCACCGAACCUCUGGAUUACGAGCAGCAGCAGGAUUACGAAAUGACCAUCGUGGUCCGCACCUUCCACGGAUUAACAGUUAAGACCGUAGUGAAGGUCCACGUGUUGGAUGUUAAUGACAACGCUCCGGUUUUCAAGCAGUCGCUCGUCGAGGUCUCUGUUGAGGAGAACAACCCUCCGAAUACGUUCCUCGCCCAGUUUCAGGCCGCCGAUGCGGACAGCGACAGCAGAGGUGAGGUGUAUUACGUACUCGGUGUCGACGCUCCUACGAUUUUCCACCUGGACAGGUCGACUGGAGUGUUGACUGUUUCCACCUCUCUUGACCGGGAGGAAAAGGAAUUGUACAGAUUCACGGUGCGUGCGGUAGAUCGCGGUGCGCCAAGAAAAGAGUCCAUCGCCACCGUGAUAAUCACCGUCCUGGAUCGUAACGACAACAGUCCUCGUUUCAUCAAUAAGGAUUUUACUUUCUUUGUGCCAGAAAACUUUCCAGGCUUCGGGGAAAUCGGGGUGCUCACCGUUACGGAUGCAGAUGCAGGAAAGAACGGUUGGGUGGCGCUGUCCAUCAUUAACGGUAGCGACAUCUUCGUGAUUGACACAGGUCGAGGGGCGUUAAGGGCCAAAACCCCGCUCGAUAGGGAGCAGCAAGGAACUUACUACAUCUGGAUCGAGGCCGUCGACGGAGGUGAACCCGCCCUCUCUUGUGUCACAAUGGUUACCGUUCUCCUCCUGGACGUCAAUGACAACCCUCCGACCGUUCUGUUCCCCCAGUCUAACCAGUCCUACAUGCUGGUGCUUCCCAGCACGCUCCCAGGAACGUCUAUAACGGAGGUCUACGCCGUGGAUCGGGACACGGGAAUGAACGCCGUUAUCGCUUACAGUAUCGUCAAGAGGACGGAUGGAGAGCCGGGGUCGUUUGACAUCGACCCGUUCACGGGUAACAUAACCCUGAAGAAAACCCUGAGUAAUCGAGGUCUGUACAGUUUGUGGGUCAAAGUUAGAGACCACGGUCAGCCGGAGCUCUACUCCACGGUACUGGUCAACCUCUUUGUGAAUGAGACAGUGAGCAAUGAAACUCUUAUUCAGAGCCUGUUGCCCCGGGGAGCAGAUAUCGAUCGUGAGGAGAUCCCUCCGGUUAAAGAAGGGAGGGAGGGGGAACGAGUGCCAAUUCAAUGCAGCGAGUACCAGGCGCUCCUGCUCUCCUUGACGGCUACUUGCCUGGGACUCUUUCUGACCGUCGUGUCACUGGUUACGUACAUUUGCUGUAAAAAGGUGAGAAAACCAAAAAAGAAACGAUUAGACGUCGAGAUUCCUUUAAAACUGAACCACGAGAUGCUGGAUAAAAACCCAAUGGAGAUUUCACACAUAUGACACUGCCCAACAUCAUCUGUUUACAGCUUGUUUUGUGCAUUGUAUAAAAUCAUUUGAAAAUGUAAAUAUUGUGCAUAUAAUAUAUGUUUUAUAUCUGCAAUGAAUUUGACACAUAUAUGUACAUAUGACCGCUGCAGAAUAUUACAGUUUUGCUAUUUGCAUUUGCUGUCCAACAAGGUUUUAAUGUCAAAGACGAAAUGGUGCCGUCAGCAGUGUGUUUGUGUCAAAUAGUCUUUAUGCAUGUCUACAAAAACAACCUGGUUGUUCCCAUCAGAAAUAUUACGCCUCAUGUUUGUCAUCAGCCUUCUAAAGAUGAAGUAGAAAUGAUUUUGUGUUUUCUCUAGGAUACAGUGGCCUGGUGUGCAUUGAGUCAGUUUUGGUUUGUGAUGACUUUUCAUGUUUUGAGUCCAUUUGAUUUCUUCUCCUUUCACCUGUUUAAGUUGUCUGAUGUGUAAGCAAUGAAUCUAUGAACAUUAAAGUGCUUUAUUUUCUUA